AAAUCCAGCUCUUCUUUCCCUUGAAAUACAGGGCACGGCACACUCGAAGUUAAGCCCAUUUCUCUUCUCCUCACCACACAACUCAGGACACCAUCUCCGAAUCUCCGAUCUCCAAUAUGGCAACCACCACCACCCCUGCGAGCAGUACACUGAGCAUGAAGCUGCUCAUCGACACCAAGGCGCGGCGCGUGCUGUUCGCGGAGGCCAGCAAGGACGUCGUCGACUUCCUCUUCUCCCUGCUCGCCCUGCCGGUAGGCACGGCCGUCAAGCUGCUCGGGAAGGAUUCCAUGGUCGGUUGCGUCGGCAACCUCUACAGCAGCGUCGAGAAGCUCGACGGCACCUACGUCCAGCCGGGCGCCGCCAAGGGUGCGGUCACCCCGGCGGCCAGCGCCAACAGCACCUUCUUCCUCUCGCCGGAUUCGUCUUCCGGGGAGGCGACGGAGGCGGUGGGCAGCGUCGGCAGGAAAGGGUUCGUGCAGGGCAUCGUGACGUACACGGUGAUGGACGACCUCACCGUGACGCCCAUGUCGUCCAUCUCCGGCAUCACGCUGCUCAACGCCUUUGCCGUCGAGGACCUCAGCGCGCUCCAGGAGAAGACCGUGCAGCUCGACUGCAACGAGGGUCUGGAGAUCCUCAAGGCGUCGCUGCAGUCCAAGACCGUCCUCUCCGACGUCUUCCUUGCGAAGAAGCCGCCCAGCAACGCUUAAAGGCGCGGUUCUGCCAAAUGAACGUGGAGAAGUACUUAGGGUUAAGUAGGUUUUGUUCGUCCUUUUGAAGGAACAUGCGCAAGGCCAGGCAGCUCGAUCCAUCUAGCUAAAUUAAGUUGGUCUUCUGUGUAAUCAUCAGAACUAUCUUUCGGUGGUAAUCUCUAGUAUCAUGCAUCUGCCGUCCAUUAAUUAUGUACUAGUAAUCCUGCUUAUAUUUGUCUAUUACUCCAGGUUUUACAAGUACGUCUGUUCAUGGCUUCA